UCCUUCAAGGCUCCGAGUAGAAAGCCAGAGUUUAUCGCCUCCCCAUGGUGGAACCUUGAAAUUAUUUAUUUAUUUUUUUAUCUUUUACAAAUACAUCACAGCUGUGUAUAUAGGUACAUUUCAUUAGUAAAAUAGUAGCAUGCGCGUGACCUGUAUUUACGUAACGCUAAGUAACGUAUGUAGUAAGUAAUGUAGGGUUUAUUAUUUAUUCGGACGUGAUUUCUGGCGUUAUGGUAUGUUGGAAAACCCCUGUAAAAAAAUGAAAUUGAAAGUGAACCUCCAGUGAGAGCUGAGUGAAGGGAAAGACGGGGGAAAACCUGUAUUUAGACCGAUAGCUGCGGAAAUACAUGCUGAAGAAAUCGCUUAACUUCUAAACACAAGCGCUUUGAGUCUGAGGCGCCAUUAAAAGCCGCUGUUUAAUAGCGACACUUGAGCGGUUCAUCCACAAGCUACAAGAUGUCCAAAGUUUUGGUGGCUGCUCUUGCUCUUGUUUUGACGGAUUUGGUGUUCGUCUAUGUGCUGGACUUGCUGGGCAGCCGGUGGAGAGGUGAGGUGAGGAGUCUGGACGGUGGAGCUGACUUGCUGAGGCAGUGGACUGAGGCUGUGCUGCGAUGCUCAUUGCUCUGCUCACUCUUCUACUGGAGUGAUGUGAGAGGGCCGCUGAUGAAGCGCUGGAUUUUGGCCCACUGUUUUCUCCCUCCUGUGUAUGAAACAGGUCGCUUAACUGUGUUUGGCAGCUGGCCGCUGGAGAAGUUUGCUAUGUGGCUGGUCGGCAGUGUGGCUGCUGCUUUGGGAUGCCUGUUCUGGGAGACGCUCUUCGCAGAGUCUAACGGGGAAAGCAGCAGCAAAGAGAAGAAGCAGAGAGCUCGAGUGCUCUUCAUGAGAGUGAUCCACCUCUACAAACCUGACUACCUGUUUUUAAUCGGGGCAUCUGGCUUCCUAGCCUUAGCUGUCCUUUGUGAGAUGUUUAUUCCACUCUACACAGGAAAGUUGAUCGAUAUCCUGCAGACUGAGUACAGCUGGAAUGAAUUUCUUUCAACAAUAAUCCUAAUGACAUGUUGCUCUUUUGGAAGCUCUUUCAGCGCAGGCUGCCGAGGUGGUCUCUUCCUGUGUGCUAUUGGCAGCUUUAUUUGCCGAGUGAAGCAUCAACUCUUCGGCUGCUUGCUUAAGCAGGAAAUUGGCUUCUUUGAGACUAUAAAGACAGGUGACAUCACAAGCAGACUGUCCACAGACACCAAUCUCAUGGCCCGAGCUGUAGCCCUGAAUGUGAACGUCCUACUGCGAACCAUGAUUAAGACGAUGGGGAUGCUGUACCUGAUGUUUAGUCUCUCCUGGAAGCUCACUGUACUGAUGCUGUUGGAGACGCCUUUGAAUGGACUACUACAGAACAUCUAUGACACACACUACCAGAGACUCUCAAAGAAGGUGCAGGACUCCAUAGCAAGAGCAAAUGAUGCUGCAGGAGAGGCUGUGUCAGGCAUCAGGACAGUAAAGAGCUUUAACGCAAAGCAGAGUGAGAAGUGUCGCUAUGAUGAGCGGCUGAUGGAUACGCAUAAUAUAAAGACUCAGCGGGAUACAGUCAGAGCAGUGUACCUGCUGGUAAGAAGGCUCACAGAGUUGGGAGUGAAGGUGGCUAUGUUAUACUAUGGUCGCCUGUUUGUGACAUAUGGACAGAUGACCACGGGAAAUCUAGUCUCAUUCGUCCUGUACCAGACAAAUCUUGCGCAGAAUAUUAGGACUUUGAUUUAUAUAUUUGGAGACAUGCUGAACUCUGUGGGUGCCGCUGGGAAGGUGUUUGAGUACCUGGACCGCAAGCCUGAAGUGAGCACAGAUGGGACCCUGGAGCCAGAGGAACUGAAGGGACACGUCAGCUUCCAGAACAUUGCCUUCUCUUAUCCAACACGUCCCGACCGCAAUGUGCUGGAGGACUUCAGUUUGGAGCUGAAACCCGGUAAAAUGACCGCCCUGGUAGGGAUUUCCGGUGGUGGGAAAAGCACUUGUGUCAGCCUGCUGCAGAGGUUUUACCAGCCUCAGCAAGGACAGAUCCUACUAGAUGGGCAGCCUCUGCAGAACUACCAGCACAAAUACCUGCACAGCAAGCUUGUUGCAGUGGGCCAGGAGCCUGUUCUCUUCGCCGGUACCAUACGGGACAAUAUUGCUUACGGAUUGCCAGACUGUUCACUCAAGAGAAUUGAGGAGGCAGCACGCAAAGCCAAUGCACAUGAAUUCAUCUGCCAGUUACAGAAAGGUUAUGACACAGAUGUAGGUGAACGAGGAAGUCUUCUUGGUAGCAGUCAGAAGCAGCGCAUUGCGAUUGCCAGAGCUCUGAUCAGAGAGCCGCAAGUUAUAUUACUGGAUGAGAUCACAAGCUUUCUGGAUCCUAAGAGUGAACAAACGGUCCAACGAGCCCUGGCCAACUGCCCCAACCAGACCUUACUGGUGAUUGCACACAGGCUGAAGACCAUUGAGAAGGCGGACCAGAUUAUUGUGAUUGACCAGGGGGUGAUUGUGGAGCAAGGCAGUCAUCAGGAACUUAUGGAGAAGGAGGGACAUUACUACAAACUGAAAGAGAAACUUUUUACUGAAAAUAACUGUAACAACAAUAGUACCAGUUAAUGUGAAAGAAAAAAAACCCCACAAGUCUAUUGAACUGUAAAAACCUGGCACCUCAUCAGUUUAGAAUACAACUGUAAGAAUAAUUGCAAUGGACAUUAUUGACAUUCUGCAUCUUUUCAUGUUUUCUAAGUAAGACUGUUGUUAUUUGACCAUUUGCAAUAUUGUAUUAUAAUUUUAUUAUUCUGCCAAACUGGCCACUGUAAAAAGGAAAAGCUGUUGUAAUGUGUUAAAAGUUGUAAAUAGUGGAGGAAAAUAAAAUAUUGCUAAUGACAGGACAAAGUUGGAUUAACACCUCAAGAGACACACAAAUAAUUAAAACUAGAUUUUACAAUUUUCAUGUUUCGGGAUAACUUGUACUUAAUAAUUAGAAACUUUAUCACAGAGUACAAAAUAAUCCAACUAGUGAUGGCCUAUAGACAGAAAUGAGCUGUUUUUACUGUACACAUGUUGAAUACAUAAAUAAAUAGAUAAAUAAUUAAGCAUUUAUUACUAAUGACAGUAUUAACAUUUCUGCUGUCCUUCUAAAAUCACAUUAUGGGGUUUGUCCCCUGCUAGUUUGGGUAACCAAUAUGCCAGUUAUUAAAACUGACUCCACAAAUAU